AUGGCUACAAUUACAAGACAAUUCUUAAUGAUCUUGCUUCUUGUCCCUCAACUGCUUACUACUUUAGCUCAAACCUGCUCAAAUCAUACCUUCUCAGACAACAAACUAUUCGAUUCUUGCAAGGACCUUCCAAUGUUACAAGCACACCUCCACUGGAACUACAUACCAUCCACCAAAAAUGUCCAUGUUGCUUAUAGAGCUGCUCAAGAAUCUACAGGAUGGAUUGCUUGGGCUAUAAACCCAACUGGAAAAGGUAUGGUUGGAUCACAGGCCAUUGUCGCCUUUCAAAAUUCUAACGGGAGCAUGACUGCCUAUCCAACAGCCAUAACCAGUUACAGCCCUUCUAUGCAGCCAAGUUCUCUCAGCUUUCAAGUUUCAAACAUCUCUGCAGAAUAUACCAAAGGUGAGAUGACUAUCUUUGCUAUCGUUGGUCCAUUAGCUAAAGAAACUUCCACCAACCUUGUCUGGCAGGCCGGAACUUCAGUUUUGAAUGACAUCCCUCAGGGUCACUCAACCUCCGGGCCAAAUGUUCAAUCAAUGGACACAGUUGAUUUUCAUUCAGGCUAAAAUUCAACCCAAGUACCUAUCCUGUGUUUCUAUUAGGAAUCUAAGUUUGUCAGUUCAGUCCUUCAUUUGGUUGUUACAGAUGGUGGGUUGAGUGUUAUCAACUUAGUAUUAUUACGAGUGUUUACAUGUAUGCUAUCUUAGUUUCCAACUUCACGUCAUUGGAAUUACUUUCGUUAUAUGUAGUACAUUUUACAAA